AUCUUUAAAAUGAAUGCUAAUACUACAGCUACCCUAAAGGAGUAUGUGGACCUCUGUUUUCCAAGUUGCCACGCACAUAAAUCCUAAGCAAUCAGUCUAAAGCUUUGCAGCCUUUCCAAUGAGCAAACCUCGCUUGUGUCGACAGAACAACUCUUGAAAAAAUGGAAUUACACACAGAAUCGGGCUCAAAACCCCCCAGAGGACAAAAAUACCUUUGGCCGUGUUGGAGAAGUGCUUGAGAGAGCUUGCACUUGCAGAUUAUGUUCCCGUAAACAUGCAGAGAGGAAGCAGGAGCAGGAAAUACCGGUGCUGCCGCGCCGGGCUCCCGCCGGAGCCCCUGGUUUGUGCACAGGGAGCAGGAGAUGGGGAUCGGGGACGGGCUGCGCAGCUUCAGCAUCAGCAAGAGCCUCCCUGCCUCUAUGAGCAGCUUCCAACUGGCAGCCAGCGCUGAUUUAAUACUAAUGCUUUUUUGAUGAAUUGUCUCUUAAGUCUGCUUUGAAUACUUUCUGCAUGACUAAUUAAUGUACCGAAAUAAAUGAAAUUGCCUUGUUCAACUUUAUGCUAGGAUGUACAAACAGGCGGCUGGUAGCCAUGGCUCGCAUUCGAUAUUUUAUCUAAUCUUUGCACUCUCAAGGACGGGGCACCGCUUGUUAUCUAAAAGCCACUUAACUGCGUGAAAACGUGAUGUCAUGCGUCUCUAAAUAUGUGUAGGUAUUUGUGCUCAGUCUGUUGAGAAACAGGCUUGAAUAUAGCGAGAUGUACGUAAUUACAUUCUUGUAAUGAUAACAAAACCCACUUGAAAUUGGCAAGAGAUGAAAACCUGCAGCCUCAUAUAUGGAAUUUUGCUUGAGUAAAGCGUUCUGUAACAUUAUGCUGGGAUAAAACAGCGUGAUUCAUCACUGGAAGGACACUCCCAUCUGGAGCAGAUAGUUAGAAAUCAUUCGCCAUUGACCCUCCUGAGCUGUGGCAUCGGCCCCUCCGAGAGGAGAAGCAGCAGGGCAGCGGCCAGACGUGCAGCGGGCACGUUUGCUCCAUGACGGAGCAGCCUGGCUGCCGCAGGACGGAGCCGGGGCACUCGUGGAGCGUGCAGCCGGAGCUCCCAACGCGGGGAGCUGGGAACCGGCCGGCAGAGAGCACCGGGAGGAUGUGCCCGGGGUCCCUGCUCUGCUGAGAGCACGAUGGGAGCCCCCUGACCGGCGGGGCUGAAAAUACAUGGUGCAGAGGUGAGCUUUCUGACCGCUGCCGUGCUCCCAGGGCCACCGCAUGAGCACGGCCUCGGCGGGCGAUGGCCUCGCAGCCCAGGCUGGCCCGCAUCCUGCUGCUCGGCCUCGUGGCCGGCUGGCUGAGGGCCGCACAGCCCCGGGACUUCACGGUGAAGGACAUCGUCUAUCUCCACCCCUCCACCACUCCGUUUCCUCACGGAUUUAAAUGCUUCACCUGCGAAAAGGCAGCAGAUAAUUACGAAUGCAACCGCUGGGCUCCGGAUGUCUAUUGUCCAAGAGGUACGAGGUACUGCUUCAGCCAACACAUGAUGAAAGUUACCGGAGAAAGCGUAUCCGUCACCAAGCGCUGCGUGCCACUGGAGGACUGUCUGUCUACUGGAUGCACAUACGUAAAGCACGAGGAAUACAAGGUAUGCACUUCCUGCUGCGAAGGCAGCAUCUGCAAUUUGCCACUCCCGAGAAACACGACAGACGCCGUGUUCACGACCCUGUCCCCCCUCAGCAGCACAAAAGGACUUCCCAGUCCCGUAACGCUGACAGCCAUGUGCCUCCUGAUGGGGUUCCUGUCGUAGCAUCGCCUUGUGCCGCUCCACGUGGCACACAGGCACGAGGAUCCAGCCUCCUCACGCGUGCUCAGGAUCUGUGUUUCUGAGCUGCCUUUGAAAAACUGACUUUUGUUAACAGUGAACUGGUGAUCCUGGUAUGUAGACAAAUCUGAAAGGGGUUAAAAAAAAACA